CCAUUACCACACCAUAAAACCGUGUUGUCAAAAAUUGUUGGUGUGUGACAGCUCUUGACAUUUUUUGAAACCACAAAAUUCACCUUUAUCAUCAACACUUUAAUUCAACAAUUAUGAGAAGACUAUUUUCCCGUAUCAAAUUAGAGCCCAGAGCAUCUGUGGCACUCUUCAAAAACACUGACGGUCAAAAAUCCACUGCACUCUACGAUCAGUUACAAGGAAUGAUUAAUGAACAUGACAAGCAACAGCAGCAACAUGAUGAUGAUGAAUCCUCAUGUAGUAGUAAUAAUAACGGUUCCACCACCACCACAAGAAGUAAAAGAAAAAAGAAUUCCACUCGUUCCUCUUCAACAUCCUCAUCAUCACAAAUAUUGAAUGGUGGUGAAAAUUCAAAGGGUAGUAGUAGUACUGGUAUCAAUGGUGGACUUUCUAAAAUUUUGAAUCAGGAUACCAUUUGGGGCCAUGAAUUUCCUUCCAAUUCACCUGAACACAUUCCCCAAUUCCUAUUUCAUGCCAUGGACUAUUUGGAGAAACAUGGCUUGGAAACUCAAGGUAUUUUCAGACAUUCUACAUCGAAGAGUAGAGAAGAAAAGGUAAUGAAAGAAAUUGAUGAAUUAUUUAAAAGUGGUGGAGCUAAAAUGGCUACAGUUGAUUUUAAUGAAUAUGCAGAUGUACAUUUAGCAGCCUCUCUCAUUAAGGUUUAUUUGAGGAAACUGAGAGAACCACUAUUAACAAACAAACUAUACGAAUCAUUUCUUGCAACUUCAAAAAUGAUUAAUACCACUUCAAUAUCAAAUAAUGAUACAAAUAAUUUAUCACCUUCAGAACUUGAGGAAUUGGAAACUAGUCGUAAAUGUCAAUUAUUACAACAAAUUUGUGGUCUUUUGCCCAGAGCAAAUUAUGUACUGCUAAAAAAACUUUGCCUAUUUUUAAAUACUGUUUCGAAAAAACAACAAGUGAAUUUAAUGAGUCCUGAAAAUAUUGCUAUUGUAAUUCAACCUAAUAUAUUAUAUCUGAAAGAUCAAGAUCCCAUGCUAACUAUUAGAGAUAUUUCCAAUGCAACCAACGUCAUCAAGUCAUUAAUAGUCAAUGCUCCUCAAAUAUUUGAGGAUGGUGUUUCAGACAUUCAGACAAAUGAUGAAAAUACAGCAACCUCUCAAACAUGCAAUGAUCAAACUGAGGAUGAAGAUUUGAAUAGUAUUGGUGCCAGUACAACCCCUACUGUUGUUAAUAAUACUGCUACAUUAAGCCGAGUGUAUCACAAAAGGCAAGUGUCUGUUAAGAUGGUUUUAGAAGUAGAGAAUAAUCUGUCUUCCAUAACAUCGGUUGAAUCUGAAAGUUCAAUUGAUAUAGCCACAUUACCACAUAAUAUUUCGAUUGGUAGUGGACUUGGUGAUAAUCUUAAUAUGGAUUGCAACCAACCAUUUUAUAAAGGUGACACAAACACAAAUGGACAAAAGCACGGUUUUGGUAUUUUAAUGUACAACGAUGGAGGUGUAUAUGAAGGCUAUUUUAUUGAUGAUAUGAGAGAUGGAGCAGGUAAGAUGGUGUUUACAGAUGGAUCCAAAUACGAAGGUGAAUUCUCAAAAGAUUCCAUAACAGGUAAAGGUAUUUAUAAAUAUGCCUCAGGAGAUGUCUACGAAGGCCACUUUAUAAAUUCAAUCAAAUCUGGAAGGGGUAAAAUGAAAUUUGCUGCAAAUCAGUCCCAUUAUGAUGGGGAAUGGAACAAUGAUAAGAGAGAAGGUUUUGGCAAACAAUCCUAUCCUAAUGGUGAUGUUUAUGAAGGUGAAUGGCUUGGUGAUUUCUCUGAUGGUUAUGGAACUUUUUCAUCAUCUGGAUACACAUAUGUUGGUUAUUGGAAAAGAGGUAAAUUUGAUGGGAGAGGAAGAUUUGUUCUUUUGGACAGUAAAGAAUCUCUUGAGGGAUAUUGGGUUGACGGACAAAUUGAAGGGGAAACUCACUACACAGAUGCACAGGGUAGAAAGUUUUCUCAACUCUACGAAAAGGGUAUUAGACUUAUUGGCAAAAUUAAUGGAAGAACCUAUCAAAUCUCAUCCUCUAAUUUCUUCUUUCCUAGCACAACAAAUGGAACUUAUUAAUAAGGUAGUUGAUGUUAAUGACAUUGCCUCAGAUAAUGAGCAAGCUGAUAGCCAAAAUUUAAGAAAUGCUCUGUUUAAGAUUUUAAUCAAUCCUCAAACUACUGUUGUUUUCCAAUUAUUGACAUCUUUGGUAGAAAUUGUAAGAGGAUCUUUAUCUCAAUAAAUAUUACUGUACAAUGGUUCAUGUUAU